UCAUAAUCAAUUACUACUAUUUAAAGUUAUUUCCUUGUGGAUCUACUUUUGAUUUAUCCUUAUCUCUCAAGAAAUGUCCUUUUGCGUUGGCAACCAAAUUUAACUUUACCAAAUUUAUUUUAUUUCUUUCCGGACACCAACCAUUUCCUUAACUAUAACGUAUAUAUCCUCCUCUUUAUUUUAUGCCAAAUUAAUUUAAUAUAUAUAUUUAUGGUGAUCAAUAUGAAAUAAUUAAUAUUAUUUCCAUUUAUUUUAUUAGUAAUUAUUAAUUUAUUAUUUAAUGUUAUUUCCCACUAUUUUUUUUUAAGUAAAGCUUUGUAAUGUCUUUUAUGGUGUCAACAAUAAAACCCAGUUUACCUCAACUAAAAUUAGACUUAAUUUUCAUCUUAGAAUUUCUCAAUAUUUCUCUUCCCUUCUCCAAAAAUUCCACAAAUAUUUUCCAAAAAUAAAAAAAAACCAGAAAAUUAAAAAAAUUAUGGCGAUUCUUUGCACUUCAGAAGCUUAGCUUUUACUCAAAUCAAUCCUUCUUCAACAUCUUUUAAUUUCUAUUUUUCCAAUUUUUUUUUUGUCGCAGUGUUUAAUUUGCUUGUGUUUUUGGUGCACAAAGAAUUUUUUUUCUAAAUUUAAAUAAUUUAGUGUUUAAAUGAUUCUUGCAAAUUUGUGAUGGGUUUUUGAAAAUUCAAUUUUAUUUGAAGAAAAUAUAUAUAGUUGUGAUUUAAUUUGAAUAAUUAUUUUUAGACUUUAUAGUAAAUAUUUAUGAAAUGGAAGCCAAGGGAGGAGGAAGUAGUGGAGUUACAGUAGUAGCAUCUGAUGCUCCCACAGAUUAUCACAUAGCUCCAAGGAAUGAAAAUAACGCCGGGUCGGGAGCUCCGACUGGGACCCAGGUAACCGGAUCAUCACCGGCGCCGGAUAAUCAGAUGGGCUUGCAAUCACUAACUUCUUUGAAGAAAAAAAGAGGAAGGCCCAGAAAAUAUGGACCUGAUGGACCCGUCAUGGCCAUCCCUGCGAAGCCCAUCUCGUCUGCGGCACCGUCCCCUACCGGAAACUUCAUUGAUUUCUCCGCCGAAAAGAGGCCCAAGAUGAAGCCUGUUGGUUCAAUUAGCAAGCAACACCAGCCCAAGAAUGAGUCUGAGCAUCAUGGUGAAUGGUUAUCUUGCUCGGUUGGUGCUAACUUUACACCUCAUAUCAUUACAGUCAAUGCUGGUGAGGACGUUACUAUGAAAGUUAUAUCGUUUUCGCAGCAAGGUCCUCGAGCUAUCUGUAUUCUGUCGGCAAAUGGUGUAAUUUCUAGUGUAACACUUCGUCAGCCUGACUGUUCUGGCGGUACAUUGACAUAUGAGGGCCGUUUCGAGAUUCUUUCUUUGUCUGGUUCAUUCAUGCCUUCCGAGAGUGGUGGGAUCAGAAACAGAUCAGGAGGGAUGAGCGUUUCGUUGGCAAGCCCAGAUGGCCGUGUUGUAGGAGGAGGUGUAGCUGGUCUACUCGUUGCUGCUAGUCCCGUGCAGAUUGUAGUCGGAAGUUUCUUGUCAGGAAACCAGCAUGAACAGAAGCCGAAGAAACAAAAGUCCGAGUACAUAAUCAGCAACCCACCCAGUUCAACUGUAAACUUUUCAAAUACAGGAAUGCAAGAGAAUUACGGGACUCAAGGUUAUCACACAACAUCAGGAACCACAUACCCGUCUUUUCAAGGAGACAUUAGGAAUGGCUCAGCCGAUCACAAAAACGACACUUUGCAUGAAGGUUAAAAAGCGAAGACACAAAAGGCUUUGAUGAUCGGCAACACAAUGUCGAUAUCCUAUCAGCAACGAUACUUGAAACUAUCUAGUUUGCAUAUGAUAAUCAUCGUGUAUUCUCUGUAAUCACAUCUGUAAAAGCUUGUGUGAUAUUCACACUUGCCUGAGUUUAGUUUACCUUUUUACUACAGAAGCUGUUGUUUAUCCUUGAUUAUGUAGGAAUUUUAGUCUUAGUUUAACUUAUUUUAUUACUUUAUUAGAUAGUGUUUUCAUAGAGUUCAUUUUAUGUAGAAUAAGCUUUAUAUUCAUACCACAUCAAUCAAGGGCAAUUGUUAUUGGUCUUCA